AUGAUUGGUGGAUGUAAUAAUAAAGAUUGUAAUUCAAAAGAGGAAAGACGUAAAUUAAUGAAAGAAAAUGUUAGAGCUAUUGAAGAGAGAGGGCGUAUAUUGGCUGAGAAACGUCAAAAAAUGAGGGAAAGGCGUCGUACUUUGGAUCAAGAUUUCCUUAAUAUGGAAUUGAGAAAUCAAAUGUUGGAAGAAUCAAGGCAAUCACUUUUGAUGUCAAUUAAUAUAGACAACAGUGAAUCUUUUAUUCAAUCCAAAGAAUUUUCUUCAUCCCUUCAAACUUGUUAUUCAAUGGCAACUAUUGUUAAUUUAAAAAAUGAAGAUAAAGAUAGAAAUGUUUUUGAUAUAGUAAGAAAUGGAGAUGGUAAAGAUUGUGCCCUUAAAUUAAGGAAAGAUUCCACUUUAGACAAAGGCACUUCUAUAGAUUCAUCACGCCAACAAAACUAUCAAGGAUUAGAAACUUUUAAAAAAUGUGAAAAUGUAGAUUGUGAUAUCUUACCUAAUACUUCCGCUUCUGCAUGGAAACGUGUUUCUAUUCUCAAAGAUAAACUUAACCAAAAAAAGAAAGAGCUUGCUCAUAGAAGAACAAGUAAACUUCUAAAUAAAGUAUGA